CCGAGAUCGAAGCAGGCCGCGAAUGCUGAUGUCCAGUAACAGUUGACUGACUGUACCAGGCCGAAUCGAUUGACAUAAGUCGACAUCGAGAGCGUUAUUACAGUGCUCCUCGGUGGGUAACGGUGAGUCGAGUAAAGUGCGAGGAGUGCUAAAGACUUAAGUCAUGGGGUGCGGGGUCGGAACUGCAAUUUUUAUAUUUGCUAGUGUAAUAUUACUCGCAGAAUCUACGUUAUUCGAUUUAGGAAAAACCAAAGAAUUAGAAGGAGUAAUAAACGAUGACAAAUUUAUUGUAUCUUUGAGGCAUAUAAAACCACGAAAACGGUCAAGAGGAAUGAUAGAAACUUUAUUUGCAGUUGAUUUUCCAGAAAGCAAUGAUAAGUUUGCACUUUUGCUGGAUAGAAAAGUCAAAAAAGUAACUGUUGAAACUGUGGAGAAUGGCAAAAAAAGAUCUCAACAUUUUAAAGUAGAUUCUUUAGAUGAAGAUAAUAGUAUAAAAUCUCUAAUACUUGAAGUCAAUCAAAAUGAACCAGGAGCACAUGCUACUUUAUAUUUAGAUUGUACUUCGUAUGGUAUGGUAGCUCUUCCAAAGACGUUAAGGGAGAUGCACAAAACACCUGAUCGUAAAUUAGAAGUGCACCACGAACGAAAAUAUACUAUCGAAAUUGACGGGCAUCAUAGAGAUCUAAGAAUGGUUUUAAAUCGCAACGACUGUCCUUUGUCGUUAUACACGAACCAAAGCAAAAGCUACGACAAUUUUCUUAAUGACGAUUUAAACAAUAAUCUCAAUGAUGACCCAAAUAUACAAGCGCAACAACCUGAUUAUGAUCAGUACCGAAGAGGAGGAGAGGAUCCAUAUAGAAGAACAUCGUCUGGUGUUCCUUAUAGAGGAGACAUUCCCUUGGUUUCCAAGUUGGAAGACUCUGGUAUCCUGCAAGCUCUUAACCUACUGAUCGAACGAGUAAAUUUCGAAGUAAAGAGAUGCGAAGCUUCAGCUCAAGCAAUCGACAACUUGCGCCGACUUAUAGAACAAUGCGAACUGUGCAAAGCUCAACCCAUUCGUCGACCAACUUGUGCUACUCAUCCACCACGAUGUUUCCCUGGCGUCCAAUGUUAUGAUACCGAACAAGGGCCUAGAUGCGGACAAUGUCCAAGAGGAUAUAUCGGCGAUGGGUAUUCUUGCAAUCCUGGCCGUAAAUGCGAAGACAAUCCUUGUUACGCAAACGUGGAGUGUAGGGAUACAGCACAAGGUGCCGUAUGUGGUAGAUGUCCACCAGGAUACGAAGGAGACGGUUUCUCGUGUACUAGAGUAAAUCCCUGCCAAUAUAAUCCAUGCGCUCCAGGUGUUCGGUGUGUGCCUGAGGAAGAGAGUCCUUAUUAUAGAUGUCAUGGUUGCCCUGCUGGCUUUACAGGAAACGGGACAAAUUGUAUAGACAUCGAUGAAUGUGACUUGGUCCAACCAUGUGAUCCCAGAGUCAGCUGCCACAAUCUUCGUCCUGGUUAUAGAUGCGAUCCUUGCCCUCCGGGAUUCCGUGCAGAAGAAGAUAGCCAAGGUGUUGGUAUAGAGGAGGCAGCACAAAGAACACAGCGUUGCAUAGAUAUUGAUGAGUGUCAAACUGGACGAGCUUGUGUGCCACAUUCUGAGUGCAUCAACACAGAGGGUUCCUACCAUUGUGGAGCCUGUGAAUACGGAUUUGUAGGCAAUCAGUCCAUUGGAUGUCACGAAGGACGCGGCUUCUGUCCCGGAGGUAGUCGUUGUGACGAUAACGCUGAAUGUCUUAAUCUUGGUUGGGGUCAAUUUGGUUGUAGAUGUAACCGCGGAUUCACAGGAAAUGGUAUCUAUUGUGCCCGUGACACCGAUUUGGAUAGAUGGCCUGACAUCGAUUUGCCCUGUGAUGACAAAUAUUGCAGAAAAGAUAACUGUAUAAUUACUCCAAACUCUGGACAAGAGGAUACUGAUGGUGAUGGAAUAGGUGAUGCCUGUGAUAAGGAUCCCGAUGACGAUGGUGUUAUAAAUGGCGAUAACUGCCCUCUGAUAGCCAAUCCCGACCAAGCCGACUCUGAUUACGAUGGAGGAGAUAAAGUAGGUGACCUUUGUGAUAAUUGCCCCUAUGUUAAGAAUCCGGACCAAAGUGAUGUCGAUGGAGAUGGUAAAGGUGACGCUUGUGAUGAGGACAUAGACAAUGAUACUGUUAUAAAUGACCGAGACAACUGCAAGACAAUACCAAAUACAGAUCAGGCUGACAGGGAUGGUGACGGCAUAGGAGAUGUUUGUGAUAACUGCCCUAGUGCAUACAAUCCCGGUCAAGAAGAUAAAGAUGAAAAUAAUGUUGGUGAUGUAUGUGAUUCUCCAAUAGAUACUGAUAAGGAUGGUGUUCCAGACAAUCAUGACAAUUGCAGACUUAUACCAAAUCCAAAUCAACUUGACACCGAUAGAGAUGGACGAGGAGACGCUUGCGAUACGGAUAUCGAUGAUGAUGGUAUUUUAAAUAAUCGUGACAACUGUAUAUUUGUCUACAAUCCCGAUCAAUUGGACUCAAAUGGAAACGGGUUUGGGGACAAAUGUGAUAACGACACUGAUGAUGAUCACGUAAUUAACGAACUUGAUGUAUGUCCCACCAACUCAUUAAUUUACCAAACCGACUUCAGUAAAUACCAAACCAUAGUUCUUGAUCCAUACGGCGAAACUCAAAUCGAUCCCAUUUGGGAAAUUUACAACCACGGUGCAGAAAUUGUCCAAACUGUUAACAGUGAUCCUGGUUUGGCUGUUGGUCAUGACAAAUUUACUGGAGUAGAUUUUGAAGGAACAUUCUUUGUGGACUCCGACGAAGAUGAUGAUUAUGUUGGUUUUAUUUUCAGCUAUCAAAGCAACAGAAAGUUCUAUGCCGUUAUGUGGAAGAAGCACGCCCAGGUCUAUUGGGAAGCGGAACCGUUCAGAGCGUUCGCUGAACCAGGAAUCCAAAUUAAAGUAAUCGACUCCGAAACUGGACCUGGAGAAGUACUUAGAAAUUCUCUGUGGCACACAGGUGAUACCCCUAAUCAAGUAAGACUCCUUUGGAAAGAUCCCAAAAACGUAGGAUGGAAAGAGAAGACUUCGUACAGAUGGUUCUUAAUCCACAGACCAGCUAUUGGACUCAUUAGGUUGAAGAUAUUUGACGGAGAGAGUAUGGUAGCUGAUUCUGGAAAUCUUUUCGAUACAACACAUAAGGGAGGAAGAUUGGGAGUUCUUUGUUUCUCACAACAAAUGAUUAUAUGGUCGGAUUUGGCAUACAGAUGUAAUGAAAAUCUCAGAGAAGAAAUUUGGAGAGACCUGUCACCAAGGUUCCAAAAGAAAGUAAAAAUUGACAACAUUGGAUCUUAUAAUGUAAAAUCACCAGAUGUUCAAUAGUAAAUAUAAGUUAAAUAUUGUUUUGUUAAUGUUGGGUAUUAUGCUAAUUAACCAAUGAGUUCAAUUAACACGUAAUGAAACUUUGUUAUGAUUUAUAUUGUAAAUAAUUUUUUUAAUACAAUGCAAAACUUUGUUUAUUAAAUUGCAAAAAUUC